GAGUCUAAAAGUUAAGGAUGAAAACGAGAUCACCCGUUGGAGUGUUCAAUAUGGCGGCCUCCAUUUUACUAAACAGCAAUCGACCCGUCUGUCAUUAUAUCCCUUGAAAAAGAGUGCAAGAAUACAUGUACCAUGCCUUCCGUACGUGGCGCUUUCUUAGACUCCUGGGACUUUGGUUGAGCCAACAAGGACAAAGACAGCAAACUUCUAGAUGGAGACUGAGCAUUUACUGCACAGAUCCUGAUAAUUCCACAGCUAGCAAUAUUACUUAAAUAUACCAAACAAUCUAAAUUGGAUGGGCUUAUUUAUCUUGCAUACAGUACUAAAUUGCUACCAGCAACAUGAAGCAAAUUAAGGCUGUGAAGAGACAAUUAAAAAGACAUCAACUCUGCAUUAUGUUUGGCAUUUUGUGUAUAUCGGUCUUUGUGACGUUUUAUAUUAAUUACUUUGCGUGGAAGAAACACACUUUGCUUAAAAAAGCAGCUGAUUACCCUGCUCAGUUUAUUAACUUUGUCAGAUACAUGACACAAAGUGACCACGGGUUUUGGUUCUGGAAGGAUGGUGUCAGAAAGUAUGCUAAUCAUUUACAGUUCUUGAGAGGAUAUUUGACUGAUCAGAAUCUCACACAUGUCCCAAAUGCUUUAACCAAGCAGUCCACCUGUCCUGCUUGUUUUGGAGAAGACGCAUGUAGUGCAAUAAGUAAUGGAGACGUCAAAAUCUUGAAAUCAAAUAAUGGUGACAUGACUUAUAGAGGUGUGUAUUUUGGCAAAUGGGAUGACAAGGAUAUAGUCCUAAAGCAACUAGUUACAGAUCACGAAGAAGGAUUUAAAAACUUUGACAAGUUUUUGUGCAAGCAUUCUCAGAAAAGGUGGCUCUGCCGCGGUCCAGAGGUCAUUAAACAGACCUUCAUCGGGGCACGCGAUGCAAUGAAGCUUGAGAACUUGGCCAAGGGCUUCAACAUCACCAGGGAAGGAGCAGGGCUGAAACUGUGCCUGACUACCAGAUUUAUAAGAAAACUUCAGCAACUCUAUGAUAUAGAUGACAACAACAAGUUAUCAGCACAUGAAAGUUCAAUAAUGUACACUUCCUUAGUUGUGAACCCAGAGGCUGCUCUGCUAAAGUUUUUCAGCAGUUUGGACAAUUUAUGGCCAUUCCCAAAGUAUUAUGGAGCCUGUGGGAGAGCAGUCAUUGCUGAAAAUGGAGGAAAACCUCUGGUGGAUUAUUUGAACCAACCAUGGGAAAUACGUGCCAGCCUUGCUCUUCAGUUGUUGGAAGUUGUCCAGUACAUGCUGCAUGGAGAUCCAAACUGGUCAGUGUUUUAUGUGGACAUAAAUUAUGACAACAUUGCCAUUACCAGCAGUGAAAAAUUGUCUUUCAUAGAUUUGGAAGAUUUGACUUUACUGGAUAAAAAGGAGUUUGACCAAGGUGAGACUGAAGUCAGGCGAGACAAACCAUGUAAUGAGGAGUGUUUUGGUCAGUUUGCUGCUGCGAUGUAUGGUAAAAAUGCCAGGGAUUUUUGCAGUACUAUUCCAAUAUACUCCGAUGUCAUGUUUGCCCUUGUCUGUCAGAAAAUUCUGUCUGAUUUGGAGGAGCAUAAGAAGAGGAGCUGGUUUACAGAUCCGAAGAUAGAAAUAAAAAGCCCAGAUGGCCUUCUGCACAGCAUUCCAUAUCAUUUCAAGACCACCAUUGAGAAGUCCCUGAGGGAGUGUGUGGAGGAGAGAGAGGUGGAUGGCAGGAUCCAGGCCGUGGAGUACCUGAGGGGAGCACUGGUGGAGUCCCUGGGCUCCGCGGGAGGGGCAGGGGCAGAUGAGGGGAAAGAGUGAGGUGGUGGCAGGUGCUAGGUUGUGGAGUACCCGAGGGGGGGUGGGGGCACUGGUGGAGUCUUUGGGUUCAGCGGAGGGGAAGAGGCAAUGGAGGGAAGUUAAAGGGAUAAUUACUCUUCGUUUUGGUCAAAAAAUGAAUUUUUCUGGAGUAAACAACAAUUUUCCCACACUU